AUGGUGCUGCACUGGCGACUUUUCCUCGUUUGCUGGUUUCGCCACCAGGUGGGCCAGGCCGCAACAUGCGCCACCGGGGAUGACGCAGUGAUGCUUCAGAUCCAGAUGAACGAGGGCGAGAUGCACAGGGACCAGGACGCCACUUCGUGCAUCCGAGAGCCCGCCAGUCGACACUUGCCAGACGACCUGCGCGGAUGCACGCACCCAGCCCCAGAUUUUUUGAAACCGGCCUGGCAGACACGCUUGGUCAGCAACCCGCUCCAGCCGGGAUGUUGGGAAGCGAACAGCUCAUGUGCCCCGUUCACGUGUUCUGCCGCUGCUGCUUGCGAUGCUUCCAUGGCCCAUAACCUCAAAUUGUGGGAGCCGGUACAGCCAGGAAAACUGAAGGCCCUGGUUUUCCAGUACGGCAAAGUUGCAUCAUCGGCACUUGUGACUGGAUUUAAAUUGGAGCUGCGUAUUGCUGCUGCCCAUGCGCACCAGGGAGAGGAGGCAAGGCAAUGGCUACGUGGGCAGCCAACAGCUAUUCCAGUCGAGCAACAAGGCUUUGCCUUGUCGAAAGAGUGGUCUCUGAUGCCAGGCGACACGUGCUUCAUCAUCACAGCAGCUCGGAGCCACAUCAAUCGAGACCCCUCGGAGUACUUCGAAAACGUUCUGGCGCCCAACCAUCCGUAUGGCUACCACCCACGGGGUCGCCGCCGCGAUCACGACACACCACCCGCCGCAGGGGAGGAGAGGUGGACGCGGGAGAUGGUGGAGCAGCUCGGAGAAAGCAACGUGUCUGCGCUCUUAGAGGACUUCCAUGCUCAGCAUCCGAUCCUCUUGGGGUACUAUGCAAAGUGGUUUUCGGAGGUGCUCAAGCCUUCCACAGGGGCGGACAUUUUGGCGGGGAACUUCGAUGUAGAGAAGAGGCACCAGCGCGUCUCUACGUCGCGAUGUACUGUGUUGGCCUUGCGGUACGAGGACAGCAAACAUUGGGACAAGGUCCUCAACGAGUACUUCCCUGGAUUCCGCCUGCCACAAGAAAAUCGGGCAACACAGAAGUGGUACGACGUUCCGUACCAGAACUUCGUGAAGAAGCUGAAGUACACCCAAGAUGAGCUGGAUGAGAUUUGCCAAACCGAGACAGAAACACAUUUCUACAAGUCGGAUCCAUCCUCGCCUUGUGCCCAAAGGGCAUAG